CAUACGAGAAAACGUCAUCAUUACCACAUUGACUAAAUAUUGUAAUUAUCGCUCAGUAAGAAAAUAUGGUUCUUUUAGAGAAUGAUUCUUUUUUAUCUGAGCUUACAAGAAUAUUUCAGAAAUCAAAAUCAUCUGGAUCAGUCAAUAUUACAAUGAAAAGAUAUGACGGCAAAUCAAAGCCUAAAGAAAAACUGGAACCGAAUGAAUACAAGUGUCUGUUUCGAGCUGUUUUGGGUAGUAAAAAGAUUAGCACUAUAGUCAGUCCUAAAGAUAUGAAUAGGUUUCAACUGGCUUAUGCCAACGUUUUGAAAGCAAAUAUGGACGGAUUGAAAAAGAAGGAGAAGAAAACAGCCUCAUCAAAGAAAGCGAAAAAAGAUAAUUAAUAAUUUUUUUAUUCUAGGUCUUGUUUUGUUAUGCCAAUAAACUUUAAAUGUAAUAAUUUAUUUAA